UUUGUUUUCCUCUUUUCACAUUGUUCACUUUUUGCUUUACAUUACUUCCUGCUUUCACUGGCCCCUUCUUCUCUCCCAAUCGGAAAAAUUUAUUUCCUUUUAACUCUCAUUCGAACUUUUUAAUAUUUUCAUAUCAAGCAAACUCCCGUAUCAGAUUAUAUAUAUUUCCAAGUUCCAACAAGAUGAAACACUCUUGCCUGCAUUUCAACUGGAUUUUGUUAAUUUUCUUUCACGGAAUACUUUUUUUGAAAUCUGCAAGAAUUCUCGCUUUUGCAGAUGACACUGAUCGCCUGGCGUUGCUUGAUUUCAAGAAACGGAUUAGUGAAGACCCACUUCAAAUCAUGAGCUCAUGGAAUGACUCCACCCAUUUCUGCAAUUGGUUUGGUGUUACAUGCAGCCCCUCCAGUAAAAGAGUCGUGGUUCUGAACCUGGAAGCUCAAAGAUUGGGUGGCUCCAUAGCACCUUCUAUGGGAAAUCUUACUUACCUUACUGGAAUUAACUUGGGAAAUAACAGCAUCUAUGGUGAAAUUCCUCAAGAAAUGGGAAGACUACGGCGUUUGCAGCAUCUCAACGUGAGUCACAAUUCGCUUGUUGGGAAACUUCCAACUAAUUUAAGUCACUGUACACAACUUAGAGUGCUUCAUGUUGGUACCAACAAACUUGUUGGGCAGAUUCCAGAGCAGUUUAGUUCAUUGUCAAAGUUGGUUUACCUGAAUCUUGGUGUGAAUAACCUUACAGGAACUAUCCCAGCGUGGAUAGGGAACUUUUCUUCUUUGUAUAAACUUUUUCUUCCCCUGAACAAUCUACAAGGGAGCAUACCUAGUGAGCUUGGCCGUCUAUCAGACUUGGGAGUUUUUGUACUUUAUGGGAAUAGUUUGUCUGGUACGAUCCCUCCUCAAAUUUACAAUAUAUCUUCCAUUUACUAUUUCUCUAUUACUCAAAACCAGCUGCAUGGAAGCCUUCCACCAGAUGUUGGCCUUACUCUUCCUAACCUUGAAUAUUUUACCGGAGGUGUUAAUAGUUUCACAGGACCUAUUCCCGUGUCAUUGUCAAAUGCUUCUAGACUUGGUACGCUUGACUUUUCUGAAAAUGGUCUCACUGGAACUGUGCCUCAAAAUCUAGCAAGAUUGCGUGGCUUGGUCGUACUUAAUUUCGAGAUAAAUAAACUUGGCAACGGAAAAGUUGGUGACCUGAAUUUUCUCGGUAUAUUGGCCAACUGUACUAGUUUGGAGGCCUUAGGUCUUGGUAGUAAUCAAUUCGGUGGAAUACUGCCUAGCUCCAUAGCCAACCUUUCAUCCCAGCUGAAUACUCUUACUAUGGGUGGAAAUAUGAUACAUGGCAGCAUCCCGGUUGGGAUUGGGAACCUUGUUAAUUUGACCAUUCUGGGAUUAGAAGAAAACUAUUUGGGAGGUCCUCUCCCGAAUGCUCUUGGUAAGCUCCACCAGUUACAGGAACUGUAUUUGUACAAUAACAAUUUUUCAGGGCCGAUCCCUUUUUCCAUAGGUAACUUAACUAAAUUGACAAAGCUUCAUAUGGAGGAGAACAAAUUUGAGGGAAGUAUACCUACAAGCCUAGGAAAUUGCCAAAAUUUGCUUCUACUCAACCUUUCUACUAACAAUCUCAACGGUAUCAUACCGAAAGAGGUUAUUGGUCUUUCUUCCCUUUCUAUUUCUUUGGUCAUGUCUCAAAAUUCUUUGACAGGUACACUGCCAUUUGAAGUUGGUUCCUUAAAAAACCUUGGGGAGUUAGAUCUCUCGGAGAAUAGAUUAUCUGGAGAAAUUUCUGCUUCCCUUGGUAGUUGUAUUAGUUUGGAAGGUUUAUAUUUGGAGGGUAAUUCAUUUGAAGGAGCAAUUCCUCCAUCUUUGGAGACACUAAGAGGUUUAGAAGAAAUUGAUCUUUCGUGCAAUAACUUUUCGAGGCAAAUUCCUGAAUUUCUCAGCAAGUUUUUAUCGCUUAAGCAUCUUAAUCUUUCUCAUAAUGAUCUCGAGGGGAAAGUGCCAAGUGAAGGGAUUUUUUUGAAUGCAAGUGCAAUUUCAAUCUUUGGAAAUGACAAGCUAUGUGGUGGCGUCCCAAAAUUACUUUUACCAAAAUGCCAUAGAAAGAGUCAAUGUUCAUCCAUGAAACGCCUUGCACUUAAAGUUGUAAUUCCUGUCAUGUUGGUAAUUGUUCUAUUGUGUUUUUUCCUCACAUUUUAUAUAGUUAAAAAAUGGAGAAAGAGACCUUCAAUCGCAUCUUCCUUAAAGGAUUGGCGAUUGACACGUAUAUCUUAUGCUGAACUCCAAGCAUCAACUAAUGAUUUCUCUGUGGACAAUUUGAUCGGUUCAGGUAGUUUUGGUUCUGUAUACAAAGGAGUUCUUUUUAGCAAUGGAGCAAUUGUUGCAGUUAAAGUGUUAAACCUUCAACAACGAGGAGCUUCCAAGAGUUUCAUUGAUGAAUGCAAUGCUUUGAAAAGUUUACGCCAUUGUAAUCUUCUUAAGAUUAUCACUGCUUGCUCAAGCAUUGAUCAUCAAGGGAAUGACUUUAAAAGUCUAGUUUUUGAGUUCAUGUCUAAUGGAAGCCUAGACCAGUGGCUGCAUCCUUUAAAGGAUGAGCAACAUCAAUGUAAGAUAUUGAGCUUUAUUCAGAGAAUAAACAUAGCCAUUGAUGUUGCUUAUGCGUUGGAAUAUCUUCAUUUUCAUUGUGAAACGCCAAUUGUUCACUGUGAUAUAAAGCCAAGCAAUGUCCUCCUCAAUGAAGAUAUGGCAGCACAUGUCGGUGACUUUGGAUUAGCAAAGUUCAUCCUUGAAGCAUCACAUAUUCCCUCCAAAAAUGAAACCUUGUCAGAGUCCUUGUCAAAUGCGCUGAAAGGUUCCGUUGGGUACAUUCCUCCAGAGUAUGGGAUGGGUGGCCAAGUUUCCGUACUCGGAGAUAUUUACAGCUAUGGGAUACUCUUGCUGGAGAUGUUUACUGGAAAAAGACCUACGGAUGACAUAUUCAAAGAUGGCAUGAGCAUUCACAUGUUCAUUGCAAUGGCUUUGCCGGAACGUGUCAUGGAUAUAGUAGACUCGUCAAUGCCAUUUGAAGAAAGUGAAGAAGAUGUUGAUGAUGAGACAAAUAACGAUGACAUAGAAGAAGGCGCAAUAAUCGAAGAAGUUGAUCGUCAUUUCAAUGCCAGAAGCAAAGUAGAGGAUUGUUUGGUCUCGGUGUUGCAGAUUGGACUGUUGUGCUCUGCAACAUCACCUCAUGAGCGGUUGCCCACAACUGAUGUCGUCAACAAACUGAGGGCAAUUAGAGACACAUGCAUUUUGACGUUGUCCAGCUAGCGUACAUUACCGAGGACAAACAUAACUACCUUACACCACAGGUCAAUAAGAUAACGCCCACCCAAAUGCAUGGUCAAGCUGAAGUUGAAGAAGUCGUUCACAUCUGGAGUAAUAGAUAUGCGUUGGAAGUGUCAUUGUUAUCAUUUGUGUUUUAUCUUCUUCUUUUCUUACUUUUAUUUCUUAUUGAAUAAGUGGUAGGACUUUAUAAGGUGAUGUAAUUUAAACCGAUUGGUAUAAACUUAUGUGGAGUACUGUCACACUUUCCA